AUGUAUAAUAAUUUUGGAGAUGAAUAAUACAAACUUAAUAAGUGGUGUUAAUUUAUAGACUAGAAGAUAGCUCAAUUUUUUAACAAACAUCUUUUAAAGCAUAACAAAAUUAAAGACUAUUAUUAUGACUUUAUUAAUGCCUUAUCAAUAAUAAUAAUUAGAUUCACAUAAAAAAGUAAUGAAAACAAAUUACUAACUUUCUGUCUUAUUUUAGUGAUAACACAUUUGUUAUUAAACUUGAAAUAGAAACUUCGUAAAGUUUAAAAUUUGCUAAAUCAUCUUUUAGAUGUAUUAGUUUUGAUUUCUAUAUUAAACUUUAGUAGAGAAAAUGAUAAUGAAUUUAUAAUAAGGCUUGCUUUACAAAUAGGGAUAUAAACUUCAAAAUCAAUGAUAUUUUAAUAUGAUCAAUAUAGUAUGAUAUUUUAAAAUAUCUUAAAAAUUUCAUCAAUAACAAUCAUUAAAUGGUAUUUAAUAAAAGAUUAUAAGUAAUUUUUUUAAAAUAUUAUUUUAGUAUUUUUAAAAUCAUUGUGUUGAUGGCUUUUUUAAUAUUUUAUUAAAUAAUUUAACUAUUGAUUGUAACUGCCUACUCUUAUGCUUAUAAAAAUAUUUGGAUUAAUAAUGAAAGAAUGAAAAAGAAUAAUCAAAUGAUUGAAAAACUUCUUUAUGAAUUGCCAGUCGGAAUUAUCUUAUUUAAUUCAAAUGGUGAAGUAUAAUUUUAGAAUUCAAUUUCAUACUAAUAUUUGCCAAAAUCAGUUGAUAUAGUAAUAAAAUAGUAUUAGGUGAAUGCAAUAUAGAAGUAUAGUGAUUUAUUACUGUCAGAAGGAGACAAAGUCAAAUUUUAAAAGGUUUUUGAGGAAACUUUGGAAUCUACAGAUCCAAUUAUAAUAUCAUUUGCAUUUUCUGGACAUCCAAUACCAAUUACUUGUCAUUUAAGAAAGUAGGUGUUCAAUAAGAAUAUAAUUGUGGAAGCUAUUUUUAUAGAGAAGUCUGAUGAUUAAGCUUUAAUUUAUGAAAGAAUAUCAUAAAGUUUAUAGAUAAUGAAGAUAUAAUAAUUAUCUGAGAUUUUAUCAAAAUAACCUGAAAGAAUUAAGCAAUAAUUGUUAUAGGCAUUAUUUCCAAUGUUGAGUAAGACAGAUUACUAAAAAUCGGAUUAAAUAGUUUGUAAUUUGAAAAACUAUUUUAAAUUUUUUGCUGAUUGUUUAUAGAUAAUCUAUAAAACAAAUCCAAAUGUUAGAAUAGAGAAUGAUGUUCCUGAUUAGGCUUUUAUAGAUAUUGUAAAAAUGCAUAGUAUUUUAACAUAAUUAAUAUCUUAUAUUUAUUAGGAACAUCAUAGAAAGUAGAUGAUGUAGGGAUUUUCUUCAUAAAAAUAAUUGAUUCAAUAGAGUGAGAGGUAAAUUUAAAAGGAAGUGAAUAAUUUUUCUCUAAUUUCGUUUACAAUAUCAAAAGGGGAUGAUUUGUAAGUAACAAUUUAAAUUGAUUAUCUUAAUUAAAUUUAAGAAUUAGAAUUGUUAUUUUAAAAAUUUGACUUUGAAGGAUUAAAAAACUAUGAUAUAAGAAUGUAAUAAUUAUAAGAGGAGGAUUUAUCUUAUACAUCAUUUGUUCAUAUUUUACAUUAGAUAUACUAAAUUGAAGGAAAGAUAGAACUAUGUGAAAGAUUAGAUAAUAUUAAGAUUUAAGUAAAUAUUCCUUUAAGAGUAACAAAUGAUUAUUAAUCAGUUCUUUUAGAUCAUUAUAUAAGUAUGGGUAAAUUAGAUACUUAAUCUAAAAUUUAUUCAAUAAUUAAUGAAAGAUAUUAAACUUUUAGAGUCAAGUCUACUACUUAAAUAACAUCUACUUAAAGAAUAGCUCCUUAGCCUGCUCCUAGGGUUAAUGAUGAGGCAGUAAAAGUCUAAACAUCUUUAAGUGAAUAAAAACCAUUUUAAAUUUGUAAAUGUAUUGAAUUUACUUAUCGUCCUAAUGUAAUUAGUGAAGAGGAAAAAUUAGAAUCUAAUAAAAUUGUAAGUCCUAAUCUAUCACCUAUUAAUAAACCAUCAACUAUUAAAUAAGCAGAUGUUGCUACUUUUGAUAUUGAAGAUAGAAUUAAUACAUAAAUGCAUUCUGUAGAAAAAGCUGUUUCUAAAGUCUUAGAACAAGUAUUGUCAGAAAUUAUGACUUUUAAAGGAAAAAGAAUCAAUGUACAUUUUCGAAAUUCUAAACAUAAGUAGAAAUCAUUUGAAACUUCACCAAGCAGUAAUUAUUAAAUUUAUUUGUAGAUUCUUCAGUUUAAUAAUAAAAUCAAAGAAAUACAAGUGUGCCUAAUUUGCAAUAAUUUAGAACUACUAUUCCUGAAUAAAGAGAAACUAAUGUUCAUUAAUAAUAAUAAUAAUAAUAACAAUAAAUAUAAUAACAUCCAAAUUAAUCUUUAUUUAGAUAAAAUGCUGUACAACAAAUACCAAUGUAAGCAUCAUCAAAUUUUGGUGGAGCAUCUACUUCAUCUUAGUAAAUUAAUCCUGUAUAAUAAACUAAAAAAAAUUAAGGAACUUAAUUAUUAAGAAAUCUUAGAGAAAAUGAUUCCAAAGUUUAACAUUUAGAAUAAAGUGAUUAAUUUAAUCAAUUUAAACCAGAAGAUAAUAAUGAUGAUCUUAAAAACUCUGUAAAAUUCAUUCCUUCUGCAUUAGAGGAACCUUAAAUAUAAAAAUCUUCUCAUUCCUAAACUUCGCUUGGAGUAAUUGCUUAACCUGUUUAAACUUAAGGAUCUGAAAAAUCUCCUUGUUUUAAAGUCUAAAAAUAAGUUACUAUAAAUGAAAUUGAAAGUUAACCUGAAGAAAUUAAAUAAUAAGAAACUGUAGAUGUAAAACAAUUUUAUAAAGAAAAACUAACUUAUUUAAUAGUAGAUGAUUCAACAGAUUUCUUAGAUUUCAAAGUUAAACAAAUACAUCAAUUUGAUUAAAGUAUUAGAUGUACUGAUGCUACUAAAAAAAUUAAGUAAAUAUUUGAAUAGAAUAAAAUUUAUCAUUUCAUUAUUGUUAGAAUUAAUCUACCAUAAAAAAAUGGAAUUUAAGUAUACUAUUAUAAUAUUAUAAGUUUAUUAAAGAAAUUAGAUAACUUGAAAAUUAACACAGUUUACCGAAAUAAUAUAUUGUUGGUGUGGAAACAAAUAUAUCAGAAAAUCUUAAACAAUCUUGUCUAUAAGCUGGAUUUGAUGAAGUUUAAGAAAAACCUUUAAAGACAGAAUAUUUAGAGUAAUUGAUUUAAAGUCGUUUAAAUCCUGUUCCUGUUAUUCUUUGGAAACCAAUAUUGAAAAAUUCAAAUUUGGAUUAAUAAGAAAAAAUAAAUAAAGUUCAUAAAGAUCUUGAUUAAUUAUAAUUACCUGAAAAAAUUUCUUCAUUCAAAGACAUACCUGUUCUAUAAAAAUAACCUUAAAAUAGAAAAGCUUUCUAUCUUCCAAUUGCCACUAUAUUUUUAUUGGAUGAUUCUUCUUAAUAAAUAAAUGCUUUAUCAUUUAUGAAAUUUGAUUUUAAAGCUAAAGUUGAAUAUGAUAGAUAAAUAGAUGCUGGAUUUAAACGAUUAGAAAAAAUGUUUUAAGAAAAAAAAAUAUAUCAUAUAAUUUUAGUGAAAAUUAAUUUUACACAAAAAAAUGGUUUAGAGGUUAUUAUUUCAAUUAAUUUAGAUACUAUAAUAAAUUAGGCAAAUGGAAGAAAAAUAUUCAGUUCCUAAAUAAUUCAUUGCAGCAAUUGAUAGUGACUUUACUGAACAAAAAAAACAAGAAUUAAUUAAACAAGGAUUUGAUGAUGCUUUAACGAAGCUUAUUGAUAAAAGAUUAUUAGAAGGACUAUUAUAAUAGAGACUAGAAGAUGAUUGA